UGGUGAAUGUCGUGAUUUUUUAUGGAUACACCUUUUUUGUGUGUGCGCCUCCAUCAUCCUCGAAGUUUUUCCUACACUGCCCCAGUGCUUAAGAGCACUGACUUUGUUGAAGACUAAUACGUCCUUGCUCUCUUGGCGACUUGGUUUUAAUUCGGUGGUCACAGAUUUUGACUCUCUAUUUAACUGCCACGGUCGAAUCGGACGAGGUACUGCUUUUCAUAGACGAUUUCUGUUGCAAUCCUUUCUCAUCCCUUUCACGUCAGCAAGCUACAGCCUUUUAUCAUAUUUCUUGUCGGUCUCCGUUGAACUAUACGUGGAAGGAAGCACACUGAACGAUAUCCGAACCAGCCAACCAAUCGCGUUCGUUGAAAAAACGGAACACGCACGAGUAUGCCUUCAUCUUCUCAUGAAAUGUAUCAUCGUGCAUACCCUUCCAUUCGUUCCGUGCCUUCAUCUUCCAACCUCUCCGGUACCACAAACACCAGCCCACGCCUAGCCCCAUUGCUCCCUCCCUCAGGCCUUCACGGUCUCUCACCCAAAUCAACUGGGUUACUUCUCAACCAGCAUCUGAACGCAGCUCUACCAGAAACAGCUCCGAAACAUCCAACAAUCUGCGGAAUGCCUCUGAAAUACGUAUCGCUCAUCACCCUCGCCGUUCAAAAUGCAACCUUAUCCAUUGUGAUGUACUACUCUCGCGUAUCCACACCCCCGCACCUGUCAUAUUCUCCUGCAGCAGCAGUACUACUAUGCGAAAUACUGAAAGGAUCCAUAUCCUUCGUCAUUGCAAUAUGGAGAGCACAGGACAUAUCAGAAUCUCAUUGGUCAUCCCGGAAAUCUUUCACUGGCUUCGUGCAAUCACUCUUUCCAUGGUCUGCACCCUUCCGCCAAGUAUGCAGUGAGAUUUUUAGCCCCGAUUGUUGGAAGCUGUCCAUACCAGCUGUCCUUUACGUCGUGCAGAACUCGUUGCAGUUCGUUGCUAUCAGCAAUCUGCCCGUGGCGUCCUUUCAGGUGGCAUAUCAGAUGAAGAUCCUAACUACUGCGGCGUUCUCAGUCAUCCUCCUCCGGAAGACGCUAUCUUCGACGAAAUGGUUAUCCUUGUUUUUUUUGGCGAUUGGCGUUGGUAUCGUCCAGGUGCAGACGACUGCAUCGAAUAGUGGAAUGCGGGAGAUUCGAGUUGGGAGUGCACAUGAUGCGGCACCUCUACACAUCCAUAUUAUGAGCCCACUAAAGGGCUUUGGUGCGGUCACUGCUGCCUGCUUUACAUCCGGUCUCGCAGGUGUCUACUUCGAGAUGGUACUCAAGAACUCCAAGGCAGACCUGUGGGUGCGCAAUGUCCAACUCUCGCUCUUCUCCCUCCUCCCUGCCUUCCUCCCCAUUCUCUACGGCCCUGCGCAACCGCCUUCCAUGAGUUUCUUGAGUUACCUCUUCCGAAAUUUUGGUGGAUGGGCGUGGGCCACGGUGGCAGUACAGGUCUUUGGUGGUUUGGUGACCGCUGUCGUGAUCAAGUACUCGGACAAUAUCUUGAAGGGGUUUGCGACGUCACUAUCUAUCAUUAUAUCCUUCCUCGCCUCCGUCGUGCUCUUCGACUUUCACAUCACCCCUUCCUUCAUCAUCGGGGCUUCUACGGUGCUCGCAGCGACUGCCAUGUACAACCAGCCCGCGUCGCCUGAGACAAAGAUAACAUCCACAAUCAGUGGUGGCUCAAAGCCAUUUUCAGACGCCCCUUUAGGCCCCGAUGAUCCUAUAAUUGGGCAAUUCCCAUCACAGAAGAGGUCGUCGCCGUUUGGAAGCCCCCGAGCUAUCGCCAGUGCUCUGGGCCUUGCAGAAAAGCCCUCGAGCAUUGUUGAGAGCGACUACUUCUCCGACAUGGAAUCCACCUCGCGAUACCUCAACGCACCAUAUGGUUCUCCCUUUCCGUCACGUACGCCCACGCCCAGGCCCGAAGAGCGGCUGUAAUUAGCACACCAGGACAUAAAAAGAACAUAUCAGAACUUUCAACUAUUAUACGACGUCUUAUGAUGAUUUUUUCUGAAUAUACCCGUUUCCUAGAUCUUUGCAAGUAAGCCCUUUUUAUCACAGAUAUUGCAUUGCGCCACUGCACCACGAUCUCACGAACAGGCAAAUCUGAAUCUAUUUCAUGGUUAUCAUAUCAAAUCUUCUCUCUUUCAUAGCCAAGUCACAUUACGAUUCAUCUCGCUCAUUCCCUGCAGUCUUUUCCGGUCGCGCCGCUUCAGAAUGUUUCGUGCGUUUUUGCUAUUCUGGAGCUCUUAGUGCCGUUCACAUCAGAUUGCAUUUCUACCUUUUUGCUUAGUUUUGCUACCUUUACGCACGAGGACUUGGGGUUGCUGAUCAUAAACUUUGAACUUUUUUAGUAGAGUAUCGACUUUUGCUGACAUGUUCUGUUAGCUGUAAUUGGGACUGAAUUUACAUCUUUUACAUCUAUUGUUCUGG